UUGAAGUGCUUCUAGCUCUCCUCGCAUGCGACGUCCGGCAUACCGUGCGUGAGAUGAGGAACGCGAGGGGGUUGACACCGCUAGAAGUGGCGCAGCCUGAGUUCCGGUCUGCCUUUGGCCCUGAGGCGGAACCCCGGCGAAGCAAUUCGGCAGCGUCCUUCCGUACUAUACGUCCUUCGACCAGCUCUUCCACGUCGACGUCGUCUUCGGCCACUGCGAUGACCGUAGCGUCUCCUCGGCCACAGCUCGGCUCCGGGUCCAAGCCUGAGCUGCCCGCCGAUGACGUUGACGCUUCGCUACUCCCGAGACGCAUACUCGACAACCUCACCGCAGUCGGUCAAGAAGCUCUCUCUGCCGAUCCGUUGCAACUCAGCGGCCUCCAGGACGUGCUCGAUGAGACAUCCCACCUCGGCGAAACGUGGGUACAUAGUAUGCACUCCCGAAUUCAAGAGGCUGCGUCGGACCUGCGUGACGCACGGGGAAAGUUUAACGAGGUCGACGCCCUUCUAGAGAGCGUGACCUGCGAAUUGGAGGAGGCUUUCGGGGAGGACCUUGCUGGUCAUCGAGACAGCACGGAGCGAGCGCGGAGGCGAACCACGGACUCCGCUGACUCAGACAAGACUGCGGUGUCGAGCCGAACUUCUUCUAGUUUGAGCAGGAAGUGGCGGUCGAUGUCGGACUUGCGAUGCUCCGUUGAUGGCAACCGGCGAGAACAUCCUGCAGAGCGCGCGAAGCCCCCUUACCUCACCAUCGAGGAAGAGGAGGAAAGCGCAGCGCCCAUCGACAGGUCGACGACGGAGAAGUCGUUCCUCAACGCGCUCUUACCCCCAACAGCGAAGGAGCUCCUCCACAAGUCCAGCAAGCUAUCGGUCGACUCCGGGCGGACGGUGUCUCCUGCCCCACACAAGAAGGACGGCUCUCCGAGCGGGACUUCGAAGCUCAAGGCGUGGUUCCGGAAAAAGCUGCGGUUCGAAAUUCCAGAUGUCUCGAAUGAGACGAGGAUCGUCCUCCCCGGGGAGCAAUCGCCGCAACGUUCUCCUUGCCAAACCCAAAGACGUGUCCCUUCGCCCACGGAAGAUGCCUUGCGAACGGCACGCCGAAUUCUACGCACGGCCGGGAAGGAUCUUUCUUGCAUCGAGGGUUGCAUGGACGACGCGGAAGAAUUCUUGUCGCUAGCCGCCAACCUACUUUCCCAGACGGAACGGCGACUGAAACUAAUCAUUGUCAGCCGACAAGCAGCCCUCGAAAGCGCACGACUGGCGCAACUCGAAGAACACCUCGACGAUCCCUUCAUGUCAGCCAUCGCCUCCACCGUUCGUGCCGCUCACUCGGACGCAGCGAUCCCCUUCCCCCUCACUUCUCGCGCACGUGCCGGCAGCGGCUCCAGCGGCUCAUUGUUAUCCUCGAUAUCGGCUGGCUCUUCCGUGGUCUCGCUCUCUUCGACGCUGAUCGACGCCGAGGACGACGACACUCGGGUGCUCCGCCGUCUCAUGACGCGCAAGGUCGAAGCGCGGACCGACGGCGCGCUGGACGAGAUCGACAAGACGCUGACAUGGCUGCGGAUCGUGCAGGACACGCUCCGGAGUCUCCGGCGACGGACUCAGACAUCCGCGACCGCCACCGGGACCCUCUCAUAGAC